UGUUUUCAGAGAAUUUGGUUAUCUGCCGUUAUCUGUCUGCGUAGAACACAUAAUUAUGUGGCAUAGAAUCAAACUAAUCAAAGAGAAGCUUGUGGCAACACUGCAAUAAUCUCCGGGUGACAGGUGAAAGAUGAGUGUUUUGUGAUGUCGAUAGUGUUCUGUGACAGUGGUGUCCAUGACAUAAAAUGCGACUAAUGUGAGGUUCUAAUAAUUAUUAGUUAUUACAUCAAUAUUGAUUAUUGAAUUUAAAAUUUUAAAGCCAUGAAUAUUUUACCUAAAAAGAAGUGGCAUGUACGGACAAAAGAAAAUAUAGCGAGAGUUCGAAGAGACGAAGCGAUAGCUUUGGAGGAAGAAAAAGUCAAAAAUGAACGAAUACAGCUUGCUGAACGAGAGGCUAGACGUGAACUUUUAUUGAAAAGGAAUCGCUCGUCGAACGACAAUUUUUUGCCCACAGAGACCGCGGAAGUCGAAGAUGCUGAGGAACCUAACAGGCACAUUAAUUUCUUUGAAGAACUCGAGGAAGGCACGGCGGAGCAGAAACAGAUAAAUAAGGAACAUGAGAAAGAGAAGAAGGACGAGAAAGAGAAGUACGAGAAACAAAUUGGUUAUUUAACUUAUUUGGGACAAGACACCAAUGAGGCCUUAGGAAAGAAAAAUUGGUACGACAUGGCACCCGAUAGAUCAGAAGUAAAGAAUGAAGUAAAUUUAAAAAGCAAAAUAAGUGAAGAUCCUCUCACUACAAUAAGAAAACUAAACUAUGUUUAUAAAUGUACAGAUUCGAUUCAACAUACCAGUAGUAGUACCAGUACCACCACUGUCUCAAGCAAUAGAUACUCUAGUGAUAGGUCAAAACCAUUGGAUUCUGAAAGAAGGUCACAUAGACAUAAAAAGCACAAAAAGAGUAGAAAAAGAAGACGACAUUCCAGUUCAGAGUCUUCAGAAGAUGAUAGAGAACGAUCAGAAAGGCACAAACAAGAGGAACUAUUGAGAACAAAACGACUAAGAAGAGAGAAGGAAGAAAGGUUAAAAACCGAAGCAUUGCUUGAUAAAUUGAAUCCAAAAAAAGACCAAGAAAAACCAAAAGAAUCAUCUAGUUUCAAGGCUAAGUACAAUACCCAAUUCAAUCCUUAUUUAGCGAAGCAAAAUUAUUCUUAAGUUAUUUAUUAUGUAAAUAUAAUUUCUUUAAAAAUAUAUUGCACUAAAAACAUUCCGUUUUCUACUUUUGAUAUAUAAAGUGACAUCUUUUAUAAUCCCAGCAAGUGUCAAAACGAUCUACUUUAUGGAACCAGUUAUAUAAAGUUUAACUUUAUGAAGGUUACUAAAAAUUCAUUAUGUCAUCAGUUACGAAAAGAAAACAAACGUAA